AUGCAGUUCAACCUCUUCGCCGUUGCCGCCCUCCUUGCCUGCGAGGCCUUCGCCUCCAAGAUCACCUAUGCCUGCCGCUACAAUGGCAAGGACCUUCAGGGCAAGGACAAGGUGGUGACCGAGCAGAAGGCCGGCGGCACCAUCCCCGACGACAAGGACGACGAUGUCGUCAACGACAUUGGAAAGUGGUCCAACAACGACUUCUCUGCUAAGAAGAACGCCCGCACCGGCAUCGUCAUCGUCACCAACACAAAGGUGGCCAAGAACAAGGCCGAAGCCACGGACCAGAACAACGAGGCUCAGCAGAUCGUCAAGAAGCACACCUAA